AGGGCGUGGGGAAGAGUGCGCAGAGAGAGAAAGACACACACACACGAACACAAAGAGAGGGGAGGGGAAAACUGGACCCGAGCUAGGAGGAGGAGGAGGGGUAGAGAGAGAGCGAGCGAGAGAGCGAGAGGCAGUCGCUUGGAAGAGGAGCGCUCAAACGCGCACUGCACAGCGCAGCUGUCCAUCGACAUCUCCACGCAAUCGCUCUCGUCCACGCCUGCAGCCAUAAUCGUUUUUGAAGUUCCUGGAGGCUGACCCAAGGCCUCGUGGAAUGCAACCGCCCCCCCAACUCUUCGCUAAUUGCUUCGCUCGCACAGAAGCAUGGCCAGCGGGCGGCAGCAGGGUGUCGCGGCAUCUCCGAGAGCCCAGCGCAAGUGACGGUUCGUCGGCGUCAAGUCAUGACGACGGAGGACGGGGCUGACUCCGAGCAGCAGAAGAAGCAGCAGCAAGAGGCCAAGCAGCAGGCGCAGCAGCAGCAGCAGGCGGCGGCACAGCAGCAGCAGCAGCAGCCGCUUGUGGAGGACGGGGCGCACGCAGACGCAGACGCAGCCGCAGCCGCCACCACCGCGGUACCGGACGCUGAGGAACUCAAGAAGGGCAAGGCGGCCGAGCACUCGGAAGCCAGGGAUAAAAGCGAGCAGCAGUUCCUGUCCGAGGACGAGCAGGCGUCCGAAAAGACGGGCACCCCGAGCAGAACGAGCCGGUCACCCCACAAGGCCCCAAAGCCUAAGGCCAUGGCGUUCCGCGUGCUCCUGUUGGAUGGCACGGAGUUCGCCAGCGAAGUCGAGAAAAAUGCCAAGGGGCAUGAGAUGAUCGAUUUGGUCUGUGACCACCUCAACCUUCUCGAGAAGGACUACUUUGGGCUGGCCUACAGGGACUCCAGUGAGCAGAAGGUAACAGCAGGGAAGCCAGCCAAACCCGAGAACUGGCUAGACCCUGCCAAGGAAAUCAGAAAGCAGAUCAGAAGCGGUCCCUGGGUGUUCUCCUUCAACGUGAAGUUCUAUCCCCCUGACCCCUCGCAGCUGAGCGAAGACAUCACGAGGUACUACCUGUGCCUGCAGCUGCGAGAGGACAUCCUGCGGGGGCGGCUGCCCUGCUCGUUCGUGACGCACGCGCUGCUCGGCUCGUACGCGGUGCAGGCCGAGCUGGGCGACUUCGACCCCGAGGAGCACGCGGGCGACUACGUCUCCGAGUUCCGCUUCGCGCCCAACCAGACGCGCGAGCUCGAGGACAAGGUCGUGGAGCUGCACAAGACGCACAGAGGAAUGACGCCGGCCGAGGCUGAGCUUCACUUCCUGGAAAAUGCCAAGAAGCUGUCCAUGUACGGGGUGGACCUGCACCAUGCCAAGGACUCUGAGGGUGUGGACAUCAUGCUGGGCGUGUGCGCAAACGGGCUGCUCAUCUACCGAGACCGUCUGCGCAUCAACCGCUUCGCAUGGCCCAAGAUUCUGAAGAUCUCUUACAAGCGCAGCAACUUCUACAUCAAGAUUCGUCCCGGGGAGUUUGAACAGUUCGAGAGCACCAUCGGCUUCAAACUGCCCAACCACCGUGCGGCCAAGCGGCUGUGGAAAGUGUGCGUGGAGCAUCACACCUUCUUCAGGCUGGUGUCCCCCGAGCCGGCUCCCAAGGGGCGAUUCCUGACGCUGGGCUCCAAGUUCCGCUACUCGGGGCGGACCCAGGCGCAGACGCGGCAGGCGAGCACCCUGAUCGACCGGCCGGCGCCCAGCUUCACCCGCUCCUCCAGCAAGCGCUACACGCUCUCCCGCUCACUCGACGGGGCGCCGAUUGGGAGCAGCCAAGAGGGCCUGUCGCUGGUCAGUGCUCCCGAGACGGCGCCGGCCCCGGACUCGCCCGCCUACUCUGUGUCCACUACGGCGUCCUCCACGCAGCAGCAGCAGCAGCAGCAACAGCAGCAGCAGCAGGGCCAUCACGACGCUGGCAGCCCCACGGCCAACGACAAGACGGCCGGCCAGCACGAAAAAAACGUGGCCUCCGACAAACACUCCGCCACCACCACUAUCACUGUCAUCACGGCCGCCGCCGCCACCGCCGCCACCGCCGCCACCGCCACCGCCGCCACCGCCACCGCCGCCGCCACCACCACUUUCAUGGAAAAGGAAAAGGCGACCAUGAGCAGCUCGGUGGUCGUCACGGAGACGGUGGUCAGCGAGAGCACGUUCACUGCCAGAGAGGAGAGGAAGCACGAGUCGGAGAUGAGGGAGGAGGACGGCCCGGUCCCCGGACACGAGAAGCAGAGUCCUGCACCUAGCAGGGUAGAAGGUGACACCAUGUAUGUCAGACAUAGCAAUCUAAUGUUAGAGGGCCUGGACAAGUCGCAGGAGGAGGUGGUGAAGCACCUGGCGACCAUCAGCGAGCUGAAGCGCAGCUUCCUCGAGUCGUCGCCCGAGCCAUCCCCUCCCGCCUGGGACCACCGCCUGGCCGCAGCAUCCUCGCCCUCCCGCUCCGCCACGGACAAGGAGGCCGAUGACAAGCCACCGGCAGCAGACGGCGCAAGGAAGUCUGACGCUCCGGAAGAUCGCACGGAGGAGACAAAGUUUGUGUUCUCCUUUAAGACUCCCCAUUCGAAGGAUGACGCUAACAAGGGCUUGGAGGAUUGGGUCCUGGUAGAGAAUGCUCAGUGUAAAGUGGAAGAGCGGGCGCACGACGACAAUGACGACGGCGAUGACGACGGUGGCGGCGACGCCCCUCCGGCCCUAGACGCUCUGCGGAGCGCGGCGGCCGAGUUAGCCGCCGCGCUAGACCGCCCGCCGCCCGCCACCCACGCCAUGGCGCGCUCGCACGACACGGAGGCCUUCGUCAGCCCGCUCAAGAGUAAGCUCGUUCGUGGCGCUAAGAUGGACGCAUCCCCCGCCGAGGAGGAUCUCACGUUCUCUCCUUCUGAACAUCCUCUUGCCGACCUCCUUGAGACCGUUGAAUUCUCUCAGAUGCUCAAGUCGGAGGUUAAGGAAGCGACGGAGGUCGUCACCAGCAGCAGCGUGAGCAGCGUGAGCAGCAGCAGCGCCAGGGUGGUGCGGGAGAUGGUCGUCGAGGAGAAGAAGAUUUCCAAGUCGCUCGUGGAAGGCGCGUCGAGCGCCGUCGCCUCCGUGACGCUCACGGUCGGCAAGGCGGGCGGCGGUGGCGGCCGCGGCGAUGACGACGAGCCGCGCGACAAGGGCGAGUCCCCGUCCGGCAGGCCAGAACCCGCGCCGCGAGCCACCGCCGGUACAACCACUGGAGCAACCGCCGGAGCAACCGCCGGCGGCGGUGGCAGCAGUGUCGCGGCAAAGGAAUCGGCGAGGUCCUCUCUUCCGGCAGACGCGGCCAUCGCCGCGGCGAUGGUGGGGGCUACCGCCGCGGCCAAGGCGGCAGCGGCCUCCGUGUCGGCUUCCUCGUCCCCGGAGGAAAGCCCCGCCGGGGACGCAAAGGACGGCAAGGACACGUCGGAGGAGGAAGAGCCAAAGACAAACGGAGACAUGUCCGACUCGGACGACGAGGACCAUGGGGAGUUUGAGCCUCCCGUUGUGAAGACGGAGAGCGUGAGCUUCAGCGAGGUGGUGAGGGCUGACGUGACGGAAAUCUCCACCAAGGAGGUGCCCAUCGUGCACACGGAGACGAAGACCAUCGGCUACCAGACCGUGCAGUCGGACGGCGCCAAACACGUGGAGUCGGGGGGCCCGCUACUGAGCACCGUGCAUGGCACCGCCACGGAGGCCAUGGCCAGCAGCAGCAGCAGCAGCACCAGCACCACCACCACCACCCACAUCACCAAGACGGUUAAGGCAGGCAUCACCGAGACACGGAUUGAGAAGCGGAUCGUCAUCACGGGAGACAGCGACCAGGACUACGACGAGAAACUGUCCAAAGCCCUGAAGGAGGCCAAGGAGCAGACGGAGACCACCAUGACCAAGCUGGUCGUGCACCAGGAAUCGGAGCACGCCAAGGAGGGUGGCAAGGAAUAGAGGGAGCCGAAUUUUGAACAGACUCUCCAUCUUGGAUUGGAGGCCUUUACAGUGGCAGAGAGGGAAAGAAACAACCUCGCCUUUCUGUAAUGCCAGUCCCCCUUCCCCCCAUUACCUUUGACCAACUGUAGGAGUCUUGACCACUAUGUUUCAGCUCAAGAGCCGAGUGACCACUACAAAAAAAACGAAUGCGGGGAAAACCUGAAAACGGUCGGUCGUCUUUGCCGGCCAUUAGUUAGAAGCCUCUGUCUGUGUGCUUUAACCCGGUUAGCAAAUAAUAAGUUUAUAAAAAAUUCUAAGGACUAAAAGAAAAUGCCCUAUCGGCCCCCGUCACCAUGCCCCAAGCAUGCUAGCUAUUAAUCAUUAGCUGUAAAGGACCAAUGACGAUUGAGUAGGUUAUUUUGAAAUUUUGUGUGUGCUGUAGCUCAUUGGGAGCAGCUGGUAACAUUCUAAGGUAUUGACAUCGACACAUGCAAAUGUUGAUGUUUUAUCCAUUGCUUUUAUUCAAUGCAUUGAGUUAAAAAGUUAAAGCCCACAAGGUGAAGUUUUUAAAAUGGUCAAAACUUGAAAGAGCAGGGGUCCAGAAAAAAUUGUUGUAUGCAUGUUUUAAAAUAUGAAUGAAGCUAUUGGAGCCAAAUGCAGGAAAAUGUGAAGAGCAUUUAUGUUUUUCAAUCUUCUCUCUAAAUACAGGAGCAAGGUUGUAAAUGAAGGGAAAAAUUAGUGCCUAAAAAUGUAAUCAAACUUUGUCACGCAGUUAUACAAAGCAAGCAAACCUGCCACUUUACAACUAUUCCAUUGCAUGCCUUGAGCCGUUACGCCUGGGCAAAAAAAAAAAGGUGGAUUGGUGCCAGUCUGGUCGACAACCCAGAAACCAACACGUAUGCCACUCCUGCUGCAUAGGUUUUUUUUCACGGUUUUGCUAUACAGCUCUCCUGUGCGUUCUCGGAGUGUACCGCGUGCUUUGGCACAAUUUAAUUUCUGCAAAACAAUGUGACAACCAGAAAAUACAGAGGAGCUAAAUAUAUAUAUACACACUGCCAUUAAUUUGGGAUCCACACACACAGAUGGGUAACUCCCAAAUUAGAAUAACCACCGUGACUUGUAACAGAAAAUGUAUAUUUAAAUUACUGCAUGGAUCAGGAGCCGUGGUAAGAGUUGGACAAUAUAAGCUAUGGCUUAUAUGGCCUACUUUGAUCAUGCAAUGGACUUACUGAUACCAAUAACAGUAGGCCCCAUGUCUUGCUAUGCUUUUACAUUUGACCACUCGGCCUGUGGAUUGGGCCACAAUUGGCUUAAUCAUUGAAAUGGCCCACAGCUAUGCUGUAGCAAAUGAAGUGUUGAUUAAUAGAAAAGGGCGUUAACUUAAAACACCUAUUUGGUGUUCGUAAUUUUAAAGGAAUGUAACUGUGAAAAUGAAGGUGGUUUGGAAGUGGGAUGAAAAAAUUAUUUUGUCUUAAUUUUGUUUGUGCCAUGUUUUUAGAGAAUUGUUUUAACCUGAUACAGUAACGUAAUAUUGUAAUACGUAAUGUUUACUUUAGUUUAUUGACAACUGCUGUGCUAAAUGUUACCGGUGAACAAAGCUAUACAUAGAAAUAAGGGAUAUUUUAAUUCUAGUUUUGAUUCUAAGGUUGAAGAAAUUGUCCGGUUUGUUUGCCUAAUAUGCUUUGCGCAAAUGGCAAGAAUGUUCCGCGGAUUGAAUUGUUUUAAAAAGGGAAUUUCACUGCUCGCCGCAAAACAAUGUGCUUCGAUAGUGUUCUUCAAACAAAGUCAUUCAAUACCUUUAGAAUGUCACCCCGUGUUGGUGUAAUAGUCCUGUACCUGCAAAAUAAACACUGUGUAUUGCUUC